AUGUCCUCUUCAAUGAACAAAUACUGGAUUCCCCAUCAAGACAUCCACAGAAAGGUUAUAACCCAGGAGCUCCAGUUCUAUCUGGGACCUCAGGCAACAGUUCGACCAUAUACGUUGGAGGGAGAGGAUGGUUUCCUCAUCAGCACUCCAGGCUCCUGCCUUACAGACGAACAAAUCGAUGAUAUCUGCCGAAAAUCGAAAGAUCUUUGGGAUCGACAGGCCGCAGCCAAGGUCCAACAAAAUCCCGAGAAACUGUUGAAACGACCGUUACACCAGCCUGUCAUUGUUUCGAGAGGGUCGUCCAGAGAACCUCAUCGACGUUACUAUGAUUGA